GGGGGGGGGCGGGGGGAGUGGGGGAGCCAAUCCCUGCAGCGCCGAAGGGGGUGGUGGCAGUGACAGCGCGGGGAGGGGGCGGGAGGAGAGAGGCGGCUCGGCUCCAGCCCCGAGCUCAGCUCCGCUCUGCCUCCGGCUCUGCUUUCACCUGCUGCCCGGGCCUCUCGCUCCUGCCCCAGGACCCCCGGGUGGGCCCUACACCCCGGGCCCCGUCCCCAGACUCAGCCCCGACUCCCCGGCCCCUAGCCCCGGCAGCGCGCUACGCCGCCAGGGGGCGCCGUGUGAGGGCUCUAUCCCGGCCACCCGGCGCCCCCUCCCACGACCCAGGCGGGAGGGGGGCGCCGGGGGCCAUGCGGGGCCAGGGCCGAAAGGAGAGUUUGUCCGAUUCCCGAGACCUGGACGGCUCCUACGACCAGCUCACAGGCCACCCUCCAGGGCCCGCUAAAAAAGCGCUGAAGCAGCGGUUCCUCAAGCUGCUGCCGUGCUGCGGGCCCCAAGCCCUGCCCUCAGUCAGUGAAAACAGCGUGGAAGAUGAGUUUGAACUGUCCACCGUGUGUCACCGGCCCGAGGGUCUGGAGCAGCUGCAGGAACAAACCAAGUUCACGCGCAAGGAGUUGCAGGUCCUGUACCGGGGCUUCAAGAAUGAAUGUCCCAGCGGAAUUGUCAAUGAGGAGAACUUCAAGCAGAUUUACUCUCAGUUCUUUCCUCAAGGAGACUCCAGCACCUAUGCCACUUUUCUCUUCAAUGCCUUUGACACCAACCAUGAUGGCUCAGUCAGUUUUGAGGACUUUGUGGCUGGUUUGUCGGUGAUUCUUCGGGGAACAGUAGAUGACAGGCUGAAUUGGGCCUUCAAUCUGUAUGACCUCAACAAGGAUGGCUGUAUCACCAAGGAGGAAAUGCUUGACAUCAUGAAGUCCAUCUAUGACAUGAUGGGCAAAUACACAUAUCCUGCACUCCGGGAGGAGGCCCCAAAGGAACACGUGGAGAGCUUCUUCCAGAAGAUGGACAGAAACAAGGAUGGUGUGGUGACAAUUGAGGAAUUCAUUGAGUCUUGCCAAAAGGACGAGAACAUCAUGAGGUCCAUGCAGCUCUUUGACAAUGUCAUCUAGCUCCCCAGGAGAGGGGGUCAGUGUGUCCCGGGGGAACCAUGCUCUAGCCCUAGUCCAGGUGGACCUCACCCUUCUCUUCCCAGGUCUGUCCUCAUCCUAACCCUACCCUGGUGGCUGUAGGGAUCCAAGAGCCUGGGAAUUCAGUAGUACAGAUCUCUGGAGCUGAAGGGUCCAGAGAGUGGGUACAGUGCAUAUGGGGGGGGGGCAUGUUUCCAACUCCCAAAAGUUCUCACCCCCUUCCUGCCUGAUAUCUAGUGUUGAGGGUGUCCCUGCUGUAGGAAUUGAAUGGUUCCCCACAUCCCACCCCCACUCUAGAAACCACAACACUAGAAAGAAUGUCUCCUGCUAUGGUGCUUCCCCCAUUCCUGAUCUCAUAAACAUUUCCUCUAAGACUCCCUUCUCAGAAAGGAUGCUCUGUCCUUGACACUGGCUGGCUUUUCAGACCAGCCCUGUGGGAGGGGGACAAGAAUGUAGAUGGAGAAAUCUUUGGCCUGAGCCAAUGAUUAAGUCCUAAGAGGUGGCUGUGGUAGAGAACAAAAAGGCCUGGGCAGUUUGUGGAGCUCAGUCAUGCCAAGUAGCUCUGAGUUCCACAGGUCUGCUACCCCAGGCCAUCAGAAUAUGAGUUUCCAGGCUUUUCAGAACAACUUAUCUCCUUGGAAAUACCCCAGAAAUUUCCCAUACCCUCCUCAGUACCUUAGGAGAGCCUGGGAUCUGGAUAUCUGGCUCAUCCCUGGAAUUCCUCUCCCUCCUUCCUGCUUGUAAUGGUGGUGGUAGUGGCAGGGGAAUAUGGGUGGGAGAUGUCUUGGUGGAUGCCUGCCAAAGUUUCAGCUCACCCUCCCUGCUCUUCACCUGUUUUGAUGGCUAUGACUUGAGUUUUCAUUUGCCAUGUCCUCUAGAUUUGGAGGCAUGGAGUGAGUCAAGAACCUUCCUGAACUUGGGUCCUAUCAUUCUUACCAGUGCAUGCCUUAGAAGAAGAGGAAAGGAGGGAGGGUGGCAGACACAGCUUCUGAAUCCAGUGUGGGGGCAUUCAUUAGAAUCUUCGAUCAACUCAGACUCUACUCCAACCCCUCACAUAGCCUCCUCAAUUCCUUAGGAUCUCCUCUUGCUCUACUCAAUCUACCUAGAGAUGCCCCUGAGCACAUCUAGAGGGCAGGGACCAUAGGACCCAGGUCCCACCUCCUUGUCAGCACCCCUGCCAUGCUGCCACCCCUUAAUAUACCUGCUUGUCCUAUUCAGCUCACCUUCCCAAUCAGCCAGAAUCUGAGGGGAAGGGCCCCCAGGGAGCUUCCUUUCCCAUCAGAACACUGCUUUGCAUUUUUGGCUCUUCUAUAUAUUUUGUAAAAUAAGAAAUACACCAGAUCCAAUAAAACACAAUGGCUAUGCACA